CAGCCCCUCGGGAAGAUGCCAGGGCUGAUCAACCUCAGGACCCUCUCCCCGCUGCCCCUGGGUGCCUCGGAGGUGACCUCAUGUGUCAGUGGCUAUGCCUUUGGGAUGACAGCUCUGCUCACCUACCACAACCCAGAAGCACAAGCUUUUGAAGGUCUUUUUGUCUACCCCUUGGAUGAAUCCACCACUGUGGUUGGGUUCGAGGCAGCCGUGUCCCACCGUGCUGUGACAGUGCAGAUCAAAGACAAAGCCAAGAUAGAUGACACAUAUUCCACCAGCUGCAGCCUCCCUGAUGGAAGAGCUCGUGAUGGGAGUGGAAGGAUGACGAUGGAUGAAGACUUGGAGAGGAUUGUUUUUGUGGCCAACCUUGGCACGAUUCCUCCCCUGGAAAGUGUCUCCAUCUUCAUCAGCACUUCCUCUGAGCUGCAGACACUGCCCAGUGGGGCUGUGAGGGUCCUUCUGCCAGCUGUGUGUGUCCCCAGGCUCUCCCAGCCCAGCCUGGAGAAUUCCAGUGGCCUUUCCAGCCACCACCUCCGAACGGACAAGCAGCGCUGUGGGUCGGGGAGCCCGGAGCAAGGGAGCAGGUUGUGCCUGGCUCAGCUGCUGGAGAGGGAGGCCACCAACCCCUCUGAGUAUGAGUUCAGCUUCCACCUGGAGAUCCGUGGGCCUUGCCUGCUGGCAGGCGUUGAGAGCCCCACGCACGAGAUCCGGGCAGACGCCGACCCCUCCGCUCGCUCUGCCAAGAGCAUCGUCAUCACCUUGGCCAACAAACACACCUUUGACAGACCUGUGGAGAUCUUGAUCCAUCCAAGUGAGCCCCACAUGCCUCAUGUCUUAAUGGAAGAAGGUAACAUGACGCCCGCAGAGUAUGAGCGACACCUGAAGGGGAAGAAUGAUUUCAUUAAAGGCACCAAGAAGGACCCAAGUGCUGAGAAAAAGAUGGAAAUCAUCAGGAAGCGCCUGAGCAAAGACAUCCCCCACCACCCUGUCAUCAUGCUCAACUUCUGCCCUGACCUGAGGACCAUCCAGCCAGACCUCCAGAAAGCCCAAGGAGAGUUUAUCUUCCUCGUGGACCGCAGCAGAAGCAUGAGUGGCGUCAACAUCAACCACGUCAAGGAUGCUCUGUUGGUCAUUCUCAAGAGCCUGAUGCCAGCAUGUCUCUUCAAUGUCAUUGGGUUUGGGUCCACCUUCAAGCCUCUCUUUCCUGCCAGUCGGACUUACUGUGAGGAGAGCUUGGCCAUUGCCUGUGAGAGCAUCAAGUCCAUCCGUGCUGACAUGGGUGACACCAACAUCUUGUCACCUCUCAAGUGGGUCAUUCGACAGCCCAUCCACAGGGGCCACCCCCGGCUGCUCUUCCUGCUGACAGAUGGGACCAUCAACAACACAGGGAAGGUCCUGGAGCUGCUGAGAAACCAUUCCUGUUCCACCAGGUGCUACAGCUUUGGCAUGGGGCCAAAGGCCUGCAGGAGGCUGGUUCAGGGACUGGCUGCCGUGUCCAGGGGCAUCGCUGAGUUCCUGGCAGAGGGCGAGAGGCUGCAGCCCAAGAUGAUCAAGGCUCUGAAGAAGGCGAUGGCACCGGCUCUGAGCGACGUGUCCGUGGAGUGGCUCUUCCCUGAGAGCACUGAGGUCUUGGUUUCCCCCAUCAGCAGCAGUUGCCUCUUCCCUGGUGACCACCUGGUUGGCUACAGCAUCAUCUGUGACACCUCCCUGUACACCUCCAACCCCAGAUGUGACAAGAGGCGGCGUUACAGCAUGAUGCGAUCCCAAGAGUCGGGCAGCUCUGUUUUCUUUCACUCCCAGGAGGAAGGAGCAGGCAUGGAGAGCUGGAACCACUCCAGAGACUCAGAGGGCUGCUGCCCUGAUCAGCUGGUGGUGGGCAGAGAUCCUGGGGGAGAAUCAGACACAGACACUGGAGUGGAUGUGAAGGUUUCCUCCAGGAGACGAGCAUACAGCACCACCCAAAUUGCUGACCAGGAGCCUUGCAAGAAGGUGCCAACAGCCAGUGACCCUGGCACUGCCCUGCCCAAAAAUCCCCUGCGGAAAACCCACCUGCAGGACCUGCAGCAGCUCAGCCCUGAGCCCUGGCAGCUGCAAUUCCAGCCCUUUGCAGGCAGCUGGCUUGGCUGUGCCUCCAGGCUCCGUGGCACAGGAGCCCGGCGCCCGUCCCUCCUGCCCCGCAGCCGCGCGUCCUCCUGCCGCCACGCCGACUCCCCGCCCGUGCCCACCGGGCUGCAGCAGGGGGCUCCAGGAAGGCCUUUGGGACCACUGGAUGCCAACAUGAGCCUGAGAUCUUCAUCAGACAGCCGGAGCCCCGGGGAUCUGGAGUCUGAGCUGCAUCCUUCCUUUACAUUUGAAACAGAGACCUCCUGUGACUGGGAGCCCCAGGACCCGGAGUUCAGCGCUGCCCGCAGCUCCCCCAGGAGCCUCUGCAAGGCCGUGGUGAAGGGGCUGAGGAGCAAUGAGCCCGUGCAGUGGGAAGUCACCUUUGAUAUCCACCCUCUCUUCCAAGAGAGGGAGAGUCAGGUGGAUGGUGACACAGAGCUGUGGAACGAGACCUUCCACCACCUGGCAGCCAAGUCAGUCAUCCGGGACUUGGAGCAGAUGGCGGAGAAGGAGUGUGAAAUCGAGCACGGGUCUGGGCGGCGGUACCAGGUCAACGCUGCCCACACCAGCAGGGCCUGCAACGUCAUCAGCAAGUACACGGCCUUCCUGCCAGUGGACAUGGGCACCAGGGCCUACCUGCCCACCCUCAUCCAGUACCCCCACUCAGGGGCAGCAUCCAAGCAGGGCAGCCAGAGGAGCCUGAGCUCAGGAGACAGGAGGCGUCGUGCUUUUUCCCCUGGACGUCCCCAGUCAGCCUGUGGCCAGAAUGGAGAUGAUGGAUUUUACAGCAUGAGUGCAGAGGAGAGCAGCCUGUCACCCUGCAGCACCCCUUCUUCCUCUGCCUGGGACCGCUGCAGUCUCCCUGAAGGGCCAUUACACAGCCUGUCUGCUUCCUCUGCACAAGCCCAAAAGUCCAUUGAGAGCCUCUUUGCUGCUAGGCUGACCCUCAGUAAAAGCAGACUGCUGAUUCGAGCUGCCAAAGGCUUCAUGAGUAAAUCUCCAAGCAGAGGGAGCGAAGCCAGCUCUGAGGGCGACAAUGAGAAUGCAGACUACCUUCCCUUGGUGUCUCUGCAGCUGGCCUGUGGUGCCUUCCUCCUGAACUCUGCCUUCUGCCACGCCGUCAGCAUCCCCAUGGAGAAGCUCAAGUGGACGUCUCCCUUCGCCUGCCACCGCCUGGCCCUCAGCCCCUCCAGCUCCUCCAGCACCAAGAAGAUCAACCCCUCUGGGGAAAACAAAAGCCUCAGCUCCAGUGGGCAGCUCCUGGUUCCCCAUGAGCAUGGGAAGAGUCCCAGCACCAGAGAUGUGGCUCUGGAGGGAACCAGCAGCCUGAGGCAGGGCAGCGGCCGCCUUCGCCACUUCUCGGGCAGCGCGGUGGAAAACAUCUCCAAAGCCCUGCAAGCUGAGAAGGAGCUUUCUCCUCCAGCCAUCACCAUCCACCCUUUCUCCUCUCCAGAGGCUGAGUGGCAAACUGACAGUGGCCAGGGCUCAGAGAGUGAGAGCUCCCAGGUGCAGGCCUUGCUGUGUGACGUGGAGCUGCAGCAGCAGACGGAGCCCGAGGGGCUGCUGUGGGCCACGGCCGUGGCCUUGGCUUGGCUGGAGCACAGCUCAGCUUCCUACUUCAUUGAGUGGGAGCUGGUGGCUGCCAAAGCCAGCCUGUGGCUGAGCCAGCAGGACUUCCCAGAAGGAUACAGCCUGGCCACAGUGAAAGCUGCAGCCCAACAGCUCUUUGUCCUCCUGCGGCACUGGGAUGAAAACCUGGAGUUCAACCUCUUGUGCUACAACCCAAGCAGCGUGUAA